AAGCCAUAGAGGAAAUGAUAGCCAAAUAUUAGUAAACACCGGAAAUGGAAAAAGUUAAAUUAGAAAAAAUUAAUAUCUAUGUAUAUGCAUCUAUCAUAACACCUCACCGCCUCAUUUGCAAUUCAGUAAUACGCUAAUGCAAACCUUGCGCGCUCGGGAACACUCUUACUAUGAUUAAGCGAUUUUUAAUAACAACUUCGAGCUGUUCACCCACUCACUCAGUCACCUAAUUCACUCACCAAUAAUCAAAUGAAACAAUCAAGUUGUACUCACCGAACCACUAACUAAAAACGCUACUACCAAAUAAUAUGCAAACAUGAACAAAACUCUCCAAACAUUUUUUGAAAAUGCUACAGACUGAAGGAACUCAAAGUGCAAAUUCAUUUUCUAAAUUUCAGCCUGCAACAACUUUGAGCCACACAGCCCACCAAGCGGCAAUUCAAUCGCUUCAGCCACUACAAUUUGAUACUGGAAUGAGAUAUUGAAUAAUUAAAUGACUUAGUACGUGCAGCUGAGUUCAACGACAAAAAAAAAAGAAAAAAUCAUUUAAAUUCAUGUAAUCACAUUGAAAAAAAGUGCGAUAGGCAAAAAACCAUUCCUUGUCUAUGAAUAUCUGCUGAUGAGUGAGAGUGAACGAAAAAACAAAUAGCCCACACCAGUACGUACUCGCAUAAAGAAAAAGUGGCGACAAAUUACGAGUGGGCCAAGUAAAAACGAAAAUAAAAUCGCAAAAGGUAGGAAACGGAUGCGGUGGCCUCAAAAGCCUCAAAAGCGCGCAGCUGAAAGUGUAAACGAAAAAAUCGAAACCUCUGCCACACAAUCUUGCCAAUACAUACAUAUGUACACUUUCGCGUGCAGUGUAGAGCGUGCGGGGCUCCUAUGAUUGCGGCCCAGUAAAAUUCACAUUUAGUACCUUCCGCUCAACCGCAUCGAGUUGGCAGAUCGCGUGCGUCGCAAUCAUUUCGUGCGCUCUUUUCCUAUCGAUAAUUACGACUACUUGUGCGAAGUAGUGUAGUUUGUUGUGCGCUUGUGCGAAUGCGCACUGCCAAAUAAAUCGCACCAAUAAUAAAGAUAGCAAUAAUAACAACAACCACAACCACAACAACAACGAUAAUAAUAAGAAAUUAAAAAAUAUAAUGGCUGUACAAAAUCAAAACUUGCCACAAAAAUCUGCAACAAAUCUAACGAAAAAAGCGACAACAACUUCGAACGCCACACAGCCGUUGGCGAAACCACGAACGAAAUUCGGCCAAGCCGCAGCAAACGUUGCCACAGAAUUGGGACACCACACACAAAUAUCGAGUGGUGGUGGUGGUGCUGGUGUUGGUGUUACUGGGCAGGCAACAACUUCGACGAUGCCAGCGGGAGCAGGGACAGUGGCGGGAACAGUCCCAAAUGGUGGUCCACGCGUGUCUUUUAAUCGGGAUGUGCAUGUGAAACGAAUCGGUAUGUAUUUUAGGAAGACCUGAUCUGUCCAAUGCUUCAUGGUAUUUGUAUUACUGGAAAAUGAAAACAUCCAAACGACUUAACGAAUUACGAAACAACUAACCUACAACCACCUCA